CCUAACACAUGUGUUGUUGUUGUUGCAGUGAUGGCCGCUCGGCUGUAGAUUUCGCCCCUCGUAGACUCGGACAAACGCAGGAGAAAUGAAAAUGGUGUUGUCGCAACGUCAGCGGGAGGAGUUGAACAAGGCUGUGGCAGACUAUCUGAGCAGCAAUGGCUACCUUACGGCGCUCGAAGGACUCAAGAAGGAUGCGGACAUGCCCGGAGAGGUAGAAAGGAAGUACGGUGGGCUCCUCGAGAAGAAAUGGACUUCAGUUAUUCGCUUACAGAAGAAGGUUCUGGAAUUGGAAUCGAAACUUUCGGAAGCAGAGAAAGAGUACAUCGAGGGUGCCCCGACACGAGCCAAACGAUCACCGACGGAGUGGAUCCCCAGAGCUCCGGAGAAGUUCUGCCUCUCUGGCCACAGAGGACCAGUCACCAAGGUAAUCUUCCACCCGAUCUACAACCUGGCAGUAUCGGCCAGCGAGGAUGCCACAAUCAAGGUAUGGGACUUCGAGGCCGGCGAAUACGAGAGGUCUCUCAAGGGUCAUACGGACUCGGUACAGGACAUAGCCUUCGACUCCAGUGGGAAACUGCUAGUUUCAUGCAGUGCUGACCUGUCCAUCAAGCUGUGGGACUUCCAGCAGACGUACCAGUGCGUGAAGACGAUGCACGGUCACGACCACAAUGUGAGCAGCGUCACCUUUGUCCCCAGUGGGGACUUUGUUGUGUCCUCAUCUCGCGACAAGACCAUCAAGGUGUGGGAAGUUGCUACCGGGUAUUGUGUGAAGACGUUCACCGGACACAGAGAGUGGGUGAGGAUGGUUAGGGUCUCUCCUGAUGGCAGCUACAUAGCCUCCUGCUCCAACGACCACACUGUCAGAGUCUGGGUCAUGGCCUCCAAGGAGUGCAAAAUGGAACUGCGAGACCACGACCACGUGGUGGAAUGUGUGGCCUGGGCACCGGACUCUGCUCACUCGGCCAUCAACGAAGCGGCCGGAGCCGACAACAAGAAGGGGGCCUACGAGGGACCCUUCCUCGUCUCCGGCUCUCGAGACAAGACAAUAAAGGUGUGGGACGUUGGCACGGGCGUGUGCCUGCUGACGCUGGUCGGACAUGACAACUGGGUGCGCAGCGUGGCGUUCCACCCAGGUGGCAAGUACAUAGUGUCGGCCAGUGACGACAAGACUCUGCGCGUCUGGGACACACGCAACAAGCGCUGCAUGAAAACACUGGAGGCUCACAUCCAUUUCUGCACCUCUCUCGAUUUCCACAAAACGCAGCCUUUUGUCGUGACGGGCAGCGUAGACCAGUCUGUGAAAAUCUGGGAGUGCCGCUAACUUUGCCUUUGCUUCGCCCAAGCCCGGCCCUCGAGUCAUAACUUAUUUCUUUUCAAUUCUAUGGCAGAUGAUUGAAAAGCUUGAAUCCGUGUCUCAUCGAAUACAACCAUAAUUUAGGUUUAUGUUUUUUUGAUAAACGGUGAGCUAAGAACCUGGAAUUCUCAAUAGAGACAGUGCUCGCUCACCUAACCUUUACGAUUUGAUAAAUCAAAAUGUAAUUUUAAAAUUUUAUCUUUGAAAAAUCAAGAAGAAUGUGAAUUUACAAAGAGCUGUAAAUGUAAGACUAAUUGUGUAAAUAAAAUGUGCACAUUAAAAUUUAGGGUUCUUAUUUUUUAAUUAAAAUAAUGCUUUAGUUAGAUAACGGUUUGUUUCCAGUGUCUCUUUUUCUAAAUAAUGAUAUAAAAAAUCAGUUAGUGGUUUUGAAGUUAAAGGAAUCAAUUUUAAAGUGGUAAUUUAAAAUUGGAAAUCCUUUUUAGUGAAGUGUAAAAUAUAAUUUUAUAGGACAUGUAGAUGUGUGCCGGUCAUCCGCUAGAGUGUGCAAAAUUAUAUCGUAUAGUUAUAUUUAUUUUUAAGUUUUCAGUUUACUAGUAGGUGUCAUUCUACUGUAAAACUUGAUUACUUUAUCCAUACUUGUGAUUUUUCUGGAAUUAAUUAUUUUUAAUACUUUUGUGUCUAAAAAAUAUAAUAAUUUAUCCAUUCUGUGAUAAUUUCUAUUAGAUAAAUAUUUCCAGUUGUCUACCCUUAUUUUUGUAAAAACUAAGUUGUUCGAGGAAUAUUUAUUUUCUGUUAUUGUUUAUUAUUUUAGUACAGAUUGUUUUUCACAAGAACCUAUGAUUGUUAGAAUGUGUAUUCUCAUUUCACUAACAUCUGUAGAGUUACCGUGCUAUGUAUUCAGGUCAACAUGUAAACAUUUCUCUAAAAGUACGUAAACAAUGUUUAAGAAAAAUUGUUAUGGUUGCUAUCCGAAACGUCUGUAGCCGUGAGUAUAUUAUGAGCAUUGUUUGUGUUUACUGAUGUUUUUAUUAAUUAUUAUUGUUGCUGAAGGAAAUGUAUAAAUAAUGCUUCAACUGUGGUAUCUACAGUUUAAAAAUAUAUUAAAUAGUUCGAUAACGAUGUUAUUUAUCGACCUUUAUUAGUUCCGUCAAAUAAAAUAGAAAACUAUUAGAACAACAAAAAUCAAGUUGUGUUAUUUAGUAACAGCUUCUUCUAAUAUUCCUAGCUGAUUUUCAACUACAGUACAGUUAAAUACCAGUAAAUAUAUCACCCCUUAUUAUGUGUCAAUAUUCAUCUUUCGAAAUGGUUUAUAUCUUCAGAGUGCUACGAUAGUUUCUUCCCUUAAGUGUGGUGUUGCAACUAAUGUCUUAGCUGUAAACGUGGGCUGAGUUUAAAGUAAAUUUGGAUAUAAAGUAGUUUUUUUUUUUAAUUAAAAAUUAUGUAUGUAACCAUGUAAAAUUCUUAAGAUACUUAAACAUAGUAUUUCUAAGAUAAUAAUUCAGGGUUAUGAAGUGGUUGAUUGUUUUUAUUAAAAGUAAUUAAAUCAGGAAUGAUAUACACAAUCAGACUUUUGACAAAAUGGAUUAUGAACAUUCUUGCCAACAUAAGAUUGACUUAAUGGGUUAUUAGUAGAGUUAAAUCUUGUAAAUAAAUAAAUAAAUAUUUACUUUCUAUUUCACCACGUCCUUUCUGAUGCAAAGGCCUUUUUGGUAUUUUCUAUUCAAAAAUUAGGUUAAGACAAUUAUUGGGAAUAAGUAAAAAUAAACAUAAAGCAAUGGUAAAGUUAAGUCACAAAGAACGUUUUUUGAAUGUGAAUGAAACACAAAACAUUUUCGUUUAUUAUGGUCUUUCAGAUCCAGAGCCGUUAUCAAACUCUGCUGUAAACAUUAUAGAAUAUGAUCUAAAAUAGAAUGGCAACAAUCAUUUGUUACAGUUCUCUUGUAAUACUGAAAUUGAAUUUUAAAGAUGUAAGGAUACAUAUAGGUUCUUGAAUUCCAUUAGAUCAAUUUUUAUGGCCUUGACAAGAAGUCUUUGAUGGUUUGUAUCUUGAUAUUCACAAAUGACCAGUUCACCAUUUUGGCAGAUUCAGCCUUGUAGACUGAGGGCAUAAACUGAUGAACUCUAUUUGAAGAAACGUUAUUAACAAACCUAGUUGUGUAUACAAGAAAUCUAUGGAAUGUCAGUAAAGUUUCCAGAUUAUUUAUCCAACAGAUUCCAAACAGACCAGAUGGCAGUAACAAGUAUAAUUAUGAUGAUGAGUUUUAGUGGUACGGACGAAAAAGAGAAGCAAAGUCAGAUUUGGUGAAAAUGAUGCUCUAAUUAUCAGAAGAACAGGAAAUGGCAGGAGCGCUUUUAUGCGAGAGUUAACAAAUGGAAGUUUGUCUUGUGGAGUUGAAGAAAUUGUCCAAUGUGGUGCUGUGUUUGUAUAAUACAUUUAUCUCAGUGUUGCUUGAACGCCAAAAAAAUUGUUGCCAUUCAAUUUUUGAGAGCAGACUCUGUUUUGACAAAGGGUGAUUUUAUAUCAAGGGUAAACUAGUCAUCACCUUGUUCAAUGAAAGUUAAAGCAAUAUUAAAGGAAAAAUACGUAUUUAAAACAAAUUCAUUCAACAAUGAAGUUAUAUUUCAUACUAUAAAAAACAGAGUUAUAAAUAUUAUACAUUCAUGUAUGAAUCAAUUUGUAUUUGUUCGUACAUUCUCUGCUGAGAGCACCGAUACAAAAAAAGAGAUUUUCAAAAUUACUUGAAGCCAAUAACAGUCUGAUUUAAAGAAGAACAGUAAACAAUGGUAAAACGGAUAUCACAUUAUAGCAUAACCAAGCAAAGAAAGAAGCACAAAGCAAAGAAUGGAUAAGAUGCCAGGCAAGAUGAAUUAACAAGAAUGUUAAAUAGGAUUCAAAAGAAAUUACAGAGAAUGAAAAUGCAGAAACCAGAUCAAUGAGAAUGGAUAGUUAUUUGUUCUGAAAGUUGUCACAUUUUUGGAAUGGAGAAUAAAAUCUUAACUUACUUUGAAUUUAACUGACAUUUUAUAAUUAUUGAGUAUUUGUAUGUGGUUUUAGAUAUAUUUUGUCCUUGGCAUGGAUUUGAGAUAAAAUAAUAAACCCUGCUUGGAAAAUUAGGUUUGAUAAAUUAAAGUUCUUGUACUGAAAUGAACAAAACUAACAGUUUAAGGCAAAAAUUGUUAAUUAUUCCAUUCAGAUUAAUCUUGCGAGUCUCUAUCAGAUUGCCUUGACGUUUCUAAGAAUUUUACUUCUAAAGGAAAUUUCGGUUAACAAGAAAAGACGAAAUAAAAAUUAUCAGCCCGACAAAACGCUAGAUUUUCUUUUGCAACACCCUCCUUAAUGAAAUUAGGAAAUAGCUUUAUUAAACUAUGUUAUUUCUACCAUGUUCUAAGCUUGUUUUUAGUUCAGUUUCAUACUUGACUUGUACUGACCAAAUUUUGAGGGCAAUUCUUAAUUUGAGGAGAGUAAAAAUUGCUGCCUGAGCAAAAGGAAAACUUUUCAAAAAACUAUCGUUACUAUUAGCCUUGUGCGUGUUACUGUAAAAUGGAAACUUUGGAAUAUUUCUAAAACUUUUGCUGCUUCUUCGAGGAAUGAUCUCUCUGAUGAUGUCUUUGUAAAGGCAGAGUUUACCGUCAAUCUAAAUGCUAUUUGCAAGUAAUAAAAAAUGGAUGUAAAUAGUAGGCAUUGACUGUGCGCCUUAUUCGCUCAAAGUCAUCCACUACUGGUAGCAGUGAUAUUUUCGUAUGUUAGCUUUUGUAUGUCGAUGGCUUAGACAGUGUGUUGAGCACGCAUUACGCUAGCAUAUUGUUUGCUGUACAAAUAGCAUCCAUCACAACUUCAUUGUUGUUUCAUUUUUUAUCAUAAAUAAAUGCAAUAUACAUCUUAUGUAGACAGCA